AUGAGCCUCGAGAGCGCCUUCUACGCCUUCGCAUCCUUCGGCGGUGCUGCCACGAAGGAAAUGGACAACUCCCACUUCUCCAAGAUGCUGAAGGAGACGAAGAUCAUCGGCAAGGUUUUCACCAACACCGAUGCCGAUCUUCUCUUCAACAAGGUCAAGGCAAAGGGGGCCCGCAAGAUCACAUUCACGGACUUCACCACCAGGGCCGUCCCCGAGAUUGCGGCGAAGCUGAAGAAGUCGGUGGAGGAGGUGAAUGGCAUGAUCGAGCAGUCCUCGCCCGUGGCACACGGAACGAAGGCGGAAGCGGUGAAGUUCCACGACGAUAAGAGCAUGUACACCGGCGUGUACAAGGCGGGCGGCCCGACGAACGUGGAUCGCAACGCCGGCUCCCUUUCGGGCGUCGUCGACCGGCGUGUGUCACAGACAGACGUGCGCGGCACCACCGCCACGCAGAAGUGA